ACGAUUUCAUCUGUCACCUGAGAUAAAAUGAAAACAAACAUCGUUGUAGUUUAGUUCUACCCCUUUGUCGCAUUAAUCUUUUUAAAAUUAUAUUAAAUAAAAGCUAUUCAGUGUUUAAUACUUUAAAAGUUUCAUAAGUACUCAGUAUAAGACACGUUAUAUUUUCAGUCGCAUCUUUAUGUUGUCUUUAAAAUUGUAUUUAAGAAAUUUAACUAUGCAGAUAUUUUAAAAAUAGAAUUUCAACUAGUUACUCAUCAAUUCCACCAUGCAAUUUCCAAAUAUUGAAGAUGAUGAAGGAGAUUUUGGUGUGAAUUCCACUACUAGAUCAAGACUUUCGAGUUUGUUCCAAUCUGAGAAAGCUAGUGGAGAUGUCAACCAAGCAUUAACGUUUACAGCUCCAAAGCAACCAAAAAAGAAUGAUAAUUCUCAAAGCAAUCAAGGAACUGGAACUUUAAAAUUAAUCCAUGCAUCAGCUGUAAAUGCUUAUAAAUUAGUUGAUGGUAACUAUACAGUGCAAGGAAAAUUGGGGUGUGCAAUAUUAGGCUGGCAUGAAGCUAGUAAUUAUCAAAUCUUAUUGUAUAAAGGAAAACAAGUCAAAGUAGCUACCUGUAAUAUUCAUCAACUUUUUAAAUUCCAAGUUCAGCAAAAUAACUAUGCAAUGUUUUAUGAUGAUAGAAAUGAAAACUGGUCCAUUAAUUUUGAUGUCGAAACAGCCCUUGUUGAAUUUGCUAAACAGAUUGCUCUAGCUAAAGCCAAUAGUCUUGAUAAAAAUCAGCCAUCCUUAAUAAUACAAGACCUUACUCUAGGAGAAGGUCCAACUCUGGAUACUGGAGACUCUGCCGAGGUCAAAUAUACUGGCUGGUUGUUAACAAAUUAUGUUUUUGGUCAAGUCUUUGACACCAACAUGCAGUCUGAAUCAGCUUUUCGAUUGCGACUUGGGAAAAAAGUUAUUAAGGGAUGGAGUGAAGGCUUAGUUGGAGCUCAAAAAGGAACCAGACGUCUUCUAAUUGUUCCACCUCACUUAGCCUAUGGUGCCGAGGGCAUGGGCAGUGCGGUUCCACCAAAUUCUACACUUAUUUUUGAAAUCAUAGUAGCUAAAGUCAAAGUAUCUCGAGAUUCCUCACAUUCACCGAGCCCAUUAAAAGCAGCAGAGAAUUUACCAGAAAAAAAACCUGAAGUACAGCCUCGUCAUUCCUCCAUAAGUUCUGAAGAUAAUAUUCGACAACGAGGGGCUUCUAUUUCAGAACAGUUAACACAGAGUCCCAAGAAGGAUAAGGCUCAGUUGAUUUCUCGAAUGGCAAAAAUGGGAACUGCUACUUUACCUUUUCAUGGAGCGAUUCCAGCUCAAGUUGAAAGUGAUUCUGAAAGUGAAGAAGAUGUUCAGGAUGCAAAAGCUACUCCUCCUGUCCAACUUGGUGGAUCCAGAACAUCUUCACCUAAACCUGCUUCGAGAUCUUCCUCUAGAAAGAAUUCUGAUCAUCUGAUUUCAGCUCAACCUGCUCAACUUCAAUCUGUUCAAGAAGCAAAUGUAUUUCAUGCCAAUCAACAGCCAAGUGCAUCAGUACCAUUUUAUCCACCAGCAGUUUUAACUAAUCACCCCUCUUUUAAUCCAUCCCCUGGGGCCUAUCCUGCUUUUCAACCACAAAUGACUAGUCAAUAUCAACUGUCUCAAUAUUCCCUACAAGGCAUGCCAAGUUUGGUCCCACAGGUGACAACUAGUAUGGUGGACACUCACCUACCUAUGUUAAUUACUGAAACUCGAAGUCAAAACACUGAAGUGAGACUAAGCUUGUCUAAAAUUACUGAGAAGAUAGAUACUGUGAUACAAAAGGUAGAUGAUGUACGCUAUAAUCAAGGAAGGUCAGUAGGAUUGAGUCAUUCAUCACAUAUGGAUAGUUCUUUGCUCUUGCAGAGCAUAGAAAAAAUUGUUCAGGAAAACAGCCAACUGAAAGAAGAUGUUGAAGUUAAAAACUCCAAGAUACAAUCGCUGAAUGAAAAAAUUUAUGAUCUCUUACAAAGAAAUCAAAGGUUUUUUGAAGAAAGUAAUAGUAUGUUGGAACAGAAAAGUGAUUCUCUUCAUGCAGCCUCUGCUGAAACUCAAGCUAAAAUUAUAGUUUUGGAAAAGGAAAAGGCAAAACUGUCCACUGAACUUUCUGAUGCUCUUCGUAAACUUGGAUCUGUAGAAGUUGAGCUUGCCAGCCAUCAAAAACAGGAAAUCGAAUUGAAGCAAAAGCUACAAGAGGAACAAAAUCAUGCUGAAGAGCUGGAUGGAAAACUUAGUGCUUUAAGAAAAAAAUUAGAAUCUGAGAGUUCAUCAUCUACAAACAUACUUCAGACAGAAAUAAAGGAACUAUCUGAGGAAAAAACUGUUUUGAACUCUCAAAUAAAAUCCUGGGAAGAAAAAUAUGCUAAACUAAGCAAAGAUCUAACGGGAAAAAAUAAAGAAUUGCAAACUUUGCAGGAACAAAUAGAUAGCGAUACAGCUUCAAAGGUGUCCUCAAAUAAUGAAGAAAUUGUUGCUUUGAAAAGGAAGUUGCAAGAAGCUCUAGCAGAAAAUGAUGCUCUAGUAUCAAAGUAUAAAAAUAUGGCAACAGAGCAUUCUGCCACAAUGAAAUCUGAAUCCUUGCUGAAAGAAAAAGUGAUCGCUCUUGAAGGAGAACUUCAAAAUGCAUUACCUUGGAAAGGAAAAUAUGAGGUCUUUUAUCGGAAAACUUUGCAAAUGAAAGAAAAUUAUGAAAGCGUAAUGAAAAAGCUGGAAGCGGAACUACAGCAGGCUCAAUCUUCUGUAGCGUCAACAGAAUCUCCUGAUUUUUCUGGAGAGAUUAAAAGAAUGAUGAAUAUCUUAUAUAAGCUGUUGCAAGGAAAGUUUGAACCUUCGUCAUCUUAUUCUGGUACCCAAGUGUUAGAAACAACAUUACAAGCAAUAAGAACCUUAACUGUUCAGAUGCUGCAAAGGAAAGGAAAAAGAUCAGAUACGAUUGCCAAGGAAGUAGAAUCUACUGCCACUAAUGUGUCGAGUAUGAAUGCCGACAGUAAUGAAAAUUUUACUGUUGAGAACUCUGUUUCAAAAGAUAACCCUCCUGAAGCAGUCUCUCUUGUGCAAGAUAACGGUGUUGCCCCCUUGUCCAAUGAGCUUCCUGUAGAGAAUGAAACUAAAGUAGCAGCAACAGGAGGUGCUGAAGAAAAAUCUUCCGUAAAUCCUGAAAAUAGUGUCUCAGAUAGUCAAAUAACUGAAAAUAAAGUAGAAAAAAGUGAUUCAGCGAUUAGUGAUUCAAAUGACGAACUACUGCAAAACCACAUAGUAGACUCUCAAAAUGAAGAAUUAGAAAAGUCUAGUGUAAGUGAAGAAUCAUCAAAAUCUGAAAAGGAGAAAACUGAGGAAAGUAAAACAAUUAGUCAAUCUCGAGAAUCUCCUGAUCAGCUUUCUGCAGCUAACAUUCCUGAUACUUCUAAUUCUGUCAACACCAAGGUAUUAGAUGAGCCUUCUGAUUUGCAUGCUUAUUAGUUGUUGGCUAAGGUUUGGAGACCUCAGCCCCCUCCUCUAUUUGACGAUGAUUCUGAAGAGGAUGACGACGAUUGGCUCAAAUAGUUAUUUAUGAAAUUUACCUAUAUAUAGUUCACAAUUUAUUUCAAUUCUAUUUAUAACAUAUGAAUAUAUUAAUCCUUAUUUUUG